AUGGCUGUUAUAGAUAGGCAAUUUUACAAAGAGCAUACUGCUAUAAAGAUGGAUGUUGCUCUUAUAGAACACUCCAGUAGAGAAGAAUAUCCUAGCGUGAUUCGAUCAGAUCAUCUUCCAACUGUCCAGGAAGACUACAAAUGGAACAAGGAGGUGGCUCAAACCAUUGAGGAUAUGUUAGAUCAGCUAAGAAGUAUCAAGAGAGGAGGUGAUCUGAAUGUUGUCAAGAUUGAGACACUUGAAAUGGAGCUAAGAUUUUUGAGAACUUUUCUCGAAUACCAUCAUGUUCUUUUGCCUGAUUCAUUUGUCAAUAUCGCAACGAAGGUCCAACUGAUUGGGGAAAUGAUUCAAUCAGUUUUUUCUGAUGGAUGCAAAACUAACCUUAAUGUGGAAAGGCUAGAAUCAUAUUUUCUAAAGUUCAUUGAAGGUAACACCAGUUCAAGGUUCAAUUAUGAGCUGGAUGAUUCCUAUCUGUUAGAAUAUAUGGAUUACCUCGACAAGAAUCUAAAUGAUGCACCGAGGUAUCUAGUCAAGUCUGACGCUUUUUUGAGGAAAGGUCUCAAAAUCCUUCAAAAGACAGAUCGAUUUUUGAAGCAGGUGAUGUUCAUUCGAAAGAAAAUGAGGUUUCUAAGAUACUUAUAUGGCACAGAAAUAAAUGGUCACAUUGACCGUGAGAAGCAAAAAAGAUUGGAGAUCCAAAUGCAACUCGUGGCUGACAAUGUGGUACAUUUUUGUGUUGCUCUUUGGACUAAUGAAAUCGAUGGAAUCGAUACAUCUAAUAUCGAGAAUAAGCCUUCUUAUCUGAUAUGCCUGAUUGUGCUAGUGGAGCUGGAAAUGAAGAAGAUUUUUCGUGGUGAACUAAAGGCUUCAAAGUUUAGUCAUUCAAGAACUUUCAGAACUCAGAAAUUGCCAAAAGAUUUUACACGUCAUCUUCAUUCUCUUCUUGUAUAUAUCAGAGAAAAAAAGCUUGGGAACUUUCCUAAUAAUGUAUCUGCUCAAAACACUGAUGCGGCAAUAGAGUUCUUGUUGGAUUCUCUCGGUGAUGAUGUGGAGAAAUCCUUAAAAUUCACUCCUCGUCAGUUUCCCACAGCUGGUGGAUUGAGCUUUCUAGAUUCUCUCCUACUGAAGCUGAAUGAGAUGUUGAAAUCUCAAUCAGGUUUGGACCUCAAAAUGAAGCCUCGCAUUGGUAUUUUAGAGAAAGAGCUUUCGUCUCUAGCAUCUGUUUUCAGAGAUGUCGCAAAGCUGCAGCAUGAACAUGAUAUUCUAAAAGAUCUUCGGCAGUGUACCAUCAAUUUGGCAUAUGAAGCUGAAAUUGCCGUUGACUCUAUUCUUGCUCAAUAUGAUGCUCUUUGGCAUUCUUUUUUCUCACUUCCUGCAAUCAUAAAAGAGAUCAAGCAUAUUCGUAUGGAGGUGACCAAGAUGUGGUCGGAGAACCUUGAUAUUAGGCCUUCCUCUGUUGUCGAGCCAUCUAAGCAAGGUUCUCAACAUAGCAAUCAUGUGAAUGAUGAGGAGAUAGUUGGUUUUGAAAAUGACACGAAAAUAAUAAUUCGGUAUCUGACACGAGGGACAAAUGAGCUAGAUGUCAUCCCAAUUGUUGGGAUGGGGGGACAAGGUAAAACAACUUGUGCUAGAAAGUUGUACAAUAAUAACAUCAUUGUUUCUCAUUUUGAUGUUCGAGCAUGGUGCGUCAUUUCCCAAACAUAUAACCGGAGAGAGCUAUUACAACAGAUUUUCAGUCAAGUUACCUGUUCCAAUGAAAAGGGAGAUAAGGAUGACAUUCUUGCCGACAUGUUGAGGAAAAGCUUAAUGGGUAAGAGAUAUCUCAUUGUCUUGGAUGAUAUGUGGGAUGGUAUGGCAUGGGAUGACUUAAGACUUUGUUUCCCUGAUGUUGUAAAUAGAAGCAGAAUAGUAGUGACGACUCGACUUGAGAAAAUGGGUGAGCAUGUCAAGCACCAUACUGAUCCUUAUUUCCUUCCAUUCCUCACAGCAGAAGAGAGUUGCCAAUUGUUGCAGAAAAAGGUUUUUCACCACAAAAGUUGCCCACCGGAACUACAAGAUGUGAGUCAAGCAGUUGCAAAAAGAUGCAAGGGAUUGCCUUUAGUGGUCGUCUUGGCAGCUGGAAUAAUUAAAAAGAAGAAAAUGGAAGAAUCUUGGUGGCGUGAGGUUGAAAAAUCUCUACUUUUCUAUCUUGACCGUGAGUCUGAAGACUAUAGUCGGGCAACUAUGCAGUUAAGUUAUGAUAACUUACCCGAUUAUUUAAGACCUUGCCUUCUUUAUAUGGGGAUGUUUCCGGAGGAUGCCAGAAUUCCAGUGUCUAAAUUGAUAAGUUUAUGGAUAGCAGAAGGCUUCGUACAGAACAUAGAAUCUGGGAGAUUAAUGGAAGAUGCAGCUGAAGAUUACUUGAAGGAUCUUAUAAGCAGUAACGUGGUAAUGGUUUCAAGGAGAAGAUAUAACGGUAAAGUUAAAUACUGCCAGGUUCAUGAUGUAGUGCUUCACUUUUGCUUGGAGAGGAGUAGAGAAGAAAAGUUUAUGUUGACAGUGAAUGCGCAUUAUACCCAAUUUCAACCUUCUGAUUGGAACGAAACUCGAUUGAGCUUCAAUUUCACAAAUGAGCUUUCCGAGUUUGCAUUGCUGGACUCCAAAACAUGGAAGCCUUUCCACCAAAAGUUGAGGUCACUGAAAACAACCUAUAGAUACUUCUGUGAGUUCGUAAAUUGGAAUCCCCUCCAUCAGUGUAGUGAAUUGAGGCUUCUUAAGGUCUUGGACUUGAGUUCCAAUAAAGUGGUUCCUUUGUCGUCAGCUACAUUGGAACCACUAAUUCACCUCAAGUACCUUGCAGUUGUUGUUGAACAAUUUGUUUUCCAUCCAAAAUCACAUCUUCCCCAUCUAGAAACUUUAAUAGUGAGGUAUAACUCCGGGGAUACAGUGUUACCAGCGGUUUUUUGGAAAAUGGAAACGUUAAGGCAUGUUGAGAUUAGUUGUGCUAUUUUUGAUGAUGAUUUGGAAGACAAUAAACCGCGGAUAUUUCAAGAAUCCUCUAAAUUGGAAAAUUUGAGGAUAUUAAGGAAAGUUAUAAUUAAAGAUGCUGCUAACGAGGAUGCCUUAAUACAGAGAUGUCCUAAUAUUCAAGAACUUAGCAUAAGCUAUGAACGUUCAAGAGAUAUUUGUCACAAAUUGGAGAGUCUUACCAAUCUUCAAAUACUUCACCUUUUCUUUAACUCAUCCCUAGUUGUAUCCAAGUUACACUUGCCUUCAAAUUUAAAAAAGUUGGUACUAAAAGGGACUCGUAUAAAGAGCACGAUUUCCUUCAUUGCGGAACUACCAAGUUUGGAAUAUCUCAAAUUAAUUAGUUCCAAGUUUAUGAAAUCCGAAGAGUGGUGCCUCGGAGAUAUCACGUUCCAUAAACUUAAGUUGUUGAAACUGGAGUUGUUAGAUAUCUCAAGGUGGGAAGCCUCAGAUGAAUCUUUUCCUCUUCUUGAAACGCUUGCUGUAAGUUGGUGUGACAAGCUUGAGGAGAUCCCCCUGAGCUUUGCAGAUAUUCCAACACUGAAGCAGAUUAAGUUGAUUCGCUGCGACAAAGAAUCUAUCGAGGCUUCAGCUAAGAAAAUUAAGGAAGCAGUCCAAGAUAUUGAAGGAUGUGACCGUAUUAACAUCAUUAUUGAUAAACGUUAGGUCUAUUACUGUGUCUGGCAGCUGUGAGUCAAGACCUUGUCACAAAAAUAUGGAUGUGUUUGAAUUUGACAAUUGGUUGGACAACUACAACACAAGCACAAACAGAGUGGAUGGAGUUAUUAUGCAGCUAGCUGAAACGCCCUUCCUCUUGUAUUGUAACACUACUACUGAUUGCUAACUUUGUUUUGAUGUUCUCUUUUUUCUUUAUGUUUUAGAUAAUUUGAGACCAAUAUCAAAUGAUCACAGUUUGAUUAGCUAGGGAUGAAGAUAAAAUAACUAGUAUAAUUUGUAAAUAAUAUUGGUAAUAGAAAGAAAACAGUAUUGUAAA